UAGUUUUAGUAAAAAUGUUUGUAAAAUUAAGUGUACUAUUCCAGACGGUGUUAUUCUUAAUUAUAAAUUUAAGCAACAUUUCAGAAGCUCAACAUCAUCGAUAUGCCAGAUAUUUUGCACAAAGGAACCACCGUGCUCUGCAGAUUCCGUCCCACUUCAAGGACACAGUGUCCCUAAAAGUGUAUUACGAAAGCCAUUGCCCCGGCAGCGUGAAGUUCUUCAAGGAGCAACUAGCUCCGUCGCUGGAGCGGCUGGGGCGGCAUCUGGACGUUCAUAUGAUACCGUAUGGACAUGCAAAGACUGUUUACGAAAACGGACGCUACACGUUCAAAUGCCAGCACGGCGAUGUGGAGUGCUACGGGAACAUGCUGCACGCCUGUGCCAUAGACGUCGCACGGAACAACACCAAAGCCGCGCUGUUCAACGCCUGCAUCAUGGAGCGGACGAACGAUUACAACAGGCUCAACUACCUCGUCAACUCGUGUGGCCACCAGUACAAUAUUUCCGCAAACGCUAUAUGGGAGACUAUGAACACUGGCAGAGGCGCAAUGCUCCUAAAGGGUUACGGGGACGAGACGCAUGCCCUCCGACCUCGAUACGUGCCCUACGUGGUGCUCGACGGGGCCGUCGCGGACUCCGUCACGACCAACCAUCUCGGCUACUUCGCUUGUAGACUGUUCAACCCAAGACUUAGUGCUUGUGAUACUUCGUUAUAUGUGAUACAGGGCUACGGGCACGAGACGAGUGCGCUACGACCGCGCUACGUGGUGUUUGAAGAAGCAGUCGCGGGCUGUUAUAACUGCUAUCUGUAUAUAGCUGUGACUGCUUGUGAUGAUAUUGAUCCAGGGAAUAAAAUCAUUGAUUUAUACGCACACCAUAAUCGUAGCUAUGAAAACAAAAGUGGAGACAAGGUUGAUGUCAGAUUAUACUACGAGUGUAUGUGUCCAUAUUGUAUAGACUUUUACACAAACACUUUAAUCAAAACAGUAGAGAAACUUGGGGCAUACAUCGAUCUUAAAACAUAUCCUUAUGGGAACGCCGAGAGGAAAGAUGAAAAUGGAAAGACCGUUAUCGGGUGCCAGCACGGCGAGGAGGAGUGUUACGGUAACAAGCUGCACGCAUGCGCUAUAGACAUACUCAAGAAUACUACUCGUUCCGUGUCUUACAUAUCCUGUAUGAUGUCAGGACAAUGGGAAAAUUCUGGUUCAGAUGAUAAUGGCGCUAAUAGAUGCGGUAAAGAAAUGGGAAUCAAUGCAAAGAAGAUCAUCAAAUGUGCUAAAGAUAAAAAAGGCGAGGAACUACUAGAAUAUUACGGGAAAGAAACCGAUAAAGAUGUUCCGGACAAGGAAGGUGUGCCAUGGUCGCUAAUUAAUGGCAUAUAUGUCAACGGUGUGGGAGAACUUGACAAAUGGCUAGCAACAAUCUGUGCCGCUUUAGACCACCCACCGCCACAUUGUAAAAAAUUGUAAACUAAGGUUAAGUAGAAGAGAUCCAUUAAGAGGAUAAACUUGCUUUGUUAGGUAUUAAAUUUAUAUGAAUCAAAGGGUAUUUAAAUAUGUUAAAAACGUGUAAAAAUACAUAUUUGUGCUAAAUUUUAUUACAUUUUAUGGUAUUCAAAAAUAAAUUUAAUAAUCUCAAGAGGUGUUGGAAAUAUUGUUUACAAUUAUAAUGUCAUUCAA